AUGUUCCGGUUCGUUUUCCGUAUCUCAGCCAUCCGGCACCAGAUCGACAUCGGCGCGCUUCCAUUCGACCGAGCCGCGCUCUACCUGCUGGUUACCAGCGGCGAUGUCGCAGUAACCAUCAACGACGAGACCUUCUGCGAAGACUACUGCAGCAAGAGGUCGACACUUGAAUUGCACGGAGCCGAUGGGUCCUUCGCGGAAGCCAAGUUCAUCCACGCGAGUGACGUCGCUGCGCGCUGCCCCGACCGCUGCACCUUCCGCGGCCCCCGGAAAACACUGCCCUACGCUUGUUCUAACCGUCCCUUGCCCCGCUCCCCCGUUUCUGUCACCUGCAGUGAACCCAAUCCUCUUCGACAUCUGCUUCGCCACCUUGGCUCGUCAAUAACCGAGGCUCUUCCUGGACCUGCUGCCGUGCCCAUUACCGCAUCCCAGUUUCUUGAACGUGCGACCUUUCUUCCAGCCACAGUUUCUGAGCCAUCAGCUUCUGAUUCGCCAGUGGAGCACGAGGAGGGGAACUCCUCUGCUGACGCCACUACAACCGCCAAGACGUGUGCCACCUUUCCCACAGAGACCUUCAUUCAUGCGAUCACGUUUGGAAGCAACUCCUCUGACGUUCUAUCAGUUGCACAGACGGGCGACAUGGCAACGUGCGCUGCCACUUCUGUGGGAGCCAUGGUCGUGCCUCCAACAGUUGCUGGCCGGGCCAAGUAG